CAAUAUUGUUUUUGAGAAUUAAAUGAGUUAAUAUGUAAAUUGUUUAGAAUAGUGCCUGGCACGUGGUACCAGUGGAAAGUGUCAGUUAUCAACAUGGGAGAAUUUUCCAUUUCACUUCACCUUCCUUCAGGACUCCUUUCAGCCCAAUUAUAUGAUUUUCAUUUAGUCUUGUUUAGGGGGGCUCUACUUUGUUGAUGUUUUUCUGAGAAAUAAUGGGCCUUCUUUUUUUAUUUCUUCGAUAUUUUUUGUUUUUCUUUCACUUUAGCACUGGAUAUUUAUUUAAUAAAAGACAUGCUAACUUUCAUUGACUAUAGUUUUCUUCGUUUUAAGGAUUUGGAAUGCCCUGACAGAUAAUUACGGAAACGUAAUGCCUGUGGACUGGAAAUCAUCCCACACCAGGACCUUACACUUGCUCACUCUGAACCUCUCAGAAAAAGGGGUAAGUGACAGCUUGCUCUUUGAUACAUCAGACGAGGAGGAGUUGAGAGAACAGCUGGAUAUGCAUUCAAUCAUCGUCUCCUGUGUUAAUGAUGAGCCUCUCUUCACUGCAGACCAGGUUAUUGAAGAAAUCGAAGAAAUGAUGCAGGAAUCACCCGACCCGGAAGAUGAUGAAACGCUGACACAGUCCGAUCGGCUUUCGAUGCUUUCCCAGGAAAUCCAAACCCUGAAGCGGUCUAGCACCAGCAGUUACGAAGAGAGGGUGAGGCGGCUGCCGGCGGCCGAGCUGAACGAGCUCCUGGAGGACAUCGAGGCGGCCACCAGGGAGUUCUCGGAGGAGCUGGUGCAGCAGCUGGCGCUGCGCGACGAGCUGGAGUUCGAGAAGGAGGUGAAGAACAGCUUCAUUUCCGCGCUCAUCGAGGUGCAGAACAAGCAGAAGGAGCACAGGGACUCGGCCAAGAAGAAGAAGAAGCUGAGGAACGGGGCGCAGCCCGGCCGCAGCGAGGGGGGCCACGCGCCUGGCACCUACUUGACGACAAUUAUUCCUUAUGAGAAAAAAAAUGGGCCUCCAUCUGUUGAAGAUCUCCAAAUAUUAACAAAAAUCCUUCGUGCCAUGAAAGAGGACAGUGAGAGAGUCCCAAGCUUGUUAACUGAUUAUAUACUGAAAGUUCUGUGUCCCACAUAGGGCGGCCUCACGGCGAGGAGCUAGGUUUCCUGCAGCGUUGCUCGAGAGCCGGCCCCCCUUGCCUCCCCGCCAGCGGAAACUCGCACACCCGAACUUGGAUUUGUGACGCAGUAUUAAGAGAUCACGCCUUCACUCAUUCUUUAUAUUACGAACCAAGAGAAAUGUGGCACCAUUUUGAAUUCUGGGGAUGGCUUUUUGUUAAAUACGAACAAUUCUGAGCUCUCCUCCAACUUUGUAGAGCAGGAGGGUGAUACAUGGAUUAUGCAUGUGCAUUUGUUUUUUAUUAACUGUAUGCCCAUUUGCGUUUUUAUGGCUCUCUAGACCUGAACUACAUGGAAGAACUGGAUUAAGCCAUUGAGAGAUUUAUACUAUAGCUGUUUUUUGGUGAUGGCAAAAACCAACACUGAUUUUUAAAAGAAAAUUGUCAGUAUAAAUAGCACCCACCAGUAUUGUCCAGAGACAGAAACUUGAGCUAGUCUCACAAGUGAAACCAGAAUGUGUUAUUUUGGCUUAAUGCUUAGUGAAUGUUGGAACUGUCGGUGAUGACUGGUUUUAGAGGUUGCUGCGUAUUUUACCGCUGAUCAAAUUUUAACCAUUAAGUUGCCACUUACUUGCAGAAUCUUGUUUAACUUUAGAUGUUUGUGUUGUUUCACGUGUCUGUGAAGUGUCCUUUAAAAGGGGUCUGUAUCCUUAAGGUGCUUAAGAAGCUGUAAGCUGCAGCAUUGCCCGCCCCCCACUACUGUGUUACAGUGCCUCAUGCCUGCGUGUCCUCCCCAAGUGCUAAUCCUAGAAACAGCCGCUCCUGGAUACUACAUCACUAGCCAUGAAACACUUCUGCCCGUUCCAGUCAAGUCAGUGUCCUUCAAUAAACGCUGAAAAGAACGUCGUGUGCCUGAGAGCUGUUUUUUAUUUUCAGA